CCAACUUUUUCAAAUCUCUCUACUUAAAACGACACGCUAAUCGUAUAAACGACACUAUCUAACCCUCAAAACGACGCUCAACUUCAAUUCCAAAAAUCCCACAUUCCUCCGAAACUUCCUACCAAUCUUCGCAUUCAUCAUCUAUCUCUCUCUAGAAUUUCCCAUUUUCUCUCUCUAGAAAAACCCACCAAACCCAGGAAGAGAGAGAGAGAGUGAAAGAGUGGCGGGAAGAGAGAGAAAGUGAGUGUUAAUGGAGCAAUCAGUAUUGGAUGACGUCAUCCGUCGUCUACUGGAAGUAAGAGGUAGACCAGGGAAGCAAGUUCAGCUUUCUGAGUCUGAGAUCCGUCAAUUAUGUUUACAAUCUAAAGAUAUUUUUAUGAAACAGCCUAAUCUUCUUGAACUUCAAGCACCUAUUAAAAUUUGCGGUGAUAUACAUGGUCAAUAUUCUGAUCUUCUAAGACUUUUUGAAUAUGGUGGAUUUCCUCCUCAAGCAAACUACUUAUUUUUGGGUGAUUAUGUUGACAGAGGCAAACAAAGCUUGGAGACUAUUUGUCUUCUUCUUGCGUAUAAGAUAAAGUACCCUGAAAAUUUCUUCCUCUUGAGGGGAAACCAUGAGUGUGCUUCAAUAAAUCGUAUAUAUGGAUUCUAUGACGAAUGCAAGAGAAGAUUUAAUGUUAGGUUAUGGAAAGUCUUCACUGAAUGCUUCAACUGUUUACCAGUUGCAGCCCUUAUUGAUGAGAAAAUUCUGUGCAUGCAUGGAGGCCUCUCACCUGAUCUGCACAAUUUGGACCAGAUACGAAAUAUGCAGCGGCCUACUGAUGUGCCUGAUACAGGUUUGCUGUGUGACCUUCUCUGGUCAGAUCCUAGCAAAGAGGUCCAAGGCUGGGGUAUGAAUGAUAGGGGAGUUUCAUAUACAUUUGGUUCUGACAAGGUGACAGAAUUUCUUGAGAAGCAUGAUUUAGACCUUGUUUGCCGUGCACAUCAGGUAGUGGAGGAUGGAUAUGAGUUUUUUGCAGAUCGGCAGCUUGUAACAAUAUUUUCUGCCCCUAAUUAUUGUGGAGAGUUUGAUAACGCUGGUGCUAUGAUGAGUGUGGAUGAAACUCUGAUGUGCUCAUUCCAGAUAUUAAAGCCUGCAGAAAAGAAAUCAAAGCUUUUAGGUAGCAGUACUACUACUGCUAAGCCUGGUAAUGGAGUCAGCUUUUUUGGGAGCACUACAACCAUGAAAUCUGGAACUUCUCUCCCAGGGGUCAAGUCAUAUGGUGCUUAAGUAUGAUAGGCGGUGGUUUUUUUCCGAAAUGACAAUUCACAGUACAAAGUUCCCCUAUGCUGUGACUUUUAGUGGACAUGAUUAGCACAAACCGUGGAGACUGGAGAGUACAAAUUUGGUUUACUACGGUCUGUUAAUUGUACAAAUGAGAAAGAGUAUCUUAUAUGUGAUGUAAGGGAUAAUUUUUCUUGGCAGAAAGUACAGGGCUGGGAUUUAUGGAAGAGGGUGCUUGUCAUUCCCUUCUGUUGUAUAGACUGGCUGCUGUCAUGGUUGCCGCUGCUACUUGUAUGUACGCUUGAAAUCACAUCUCUGUCUCUCUCCCGCUAUUAUGUACUGUCUUUUCUUCUGAGAAUGUAAACAGGUCCUAACUUGUCUGCAGCAUUGGCAACCCUGUUACAAGGUAACCACAGUUAUUUAGUCUCUCCUUUCUGUAUUUUCUUGAACUACUGUAUACUCCUACCCCUUCUCUUUUGUUGCUUUAUAAAACAGCAUUACCGAUCUGCAUGUGUAUUUUAUAUUUCAAAGCAUGGUCGGUUUAUAGACCUUGAUAAUAAAAUUUUAUACAUCCAUGUGAUGCUAGCUUUA